CUUACGUCUCCUCUGGCGUCGCGAGCAAAGAGUUUUUGAAACGAGGAGAAAGUCUUCUUAUGGCAAGAAAAAAACCAGCAAUGUUCUUGCGGCUCAACAGGUGUUGUAUCAGGUGUUACGACGCUGAGACGGGCAUGCAUCACAGGCGACGCUACGGAGCCUAUUAUGAACAGUGUCAGUCGUCCCAGUGAAGACGUCGAGGACUGUUUAUUUUUUUAGCUAGAAGACAGAGUCCUCGGAGAGGAAGGCCGCCCGCGCCACGCCGUUCAUGCGACUUCAGAUGCGCAAUAUCGGCAGAAUCGAUUUCCUGACCAAAAACGCAUACUAGGCGAUGUUCUGGACCAAAAACAACAAGAUGAUCCUGGUAAGUAGAGCAAGACCGAAGAUGUAGGAAUGGACACCGAUCUUCAAGUGGGGAUGCUUGUUGCGCGCCGCCUUGAGCGUCUAGGAACCGAAGACUUCAUGAUGCGCAAGCAUUUUGCAACCACGUCUCUGCAGCCUCGACGUAACAAGAGAAGUACCUCUCGCGACUCCCUUCGUAGUCCGUCGAUGCAACGUAGCCACAGGAACAUGGAGUAUCACGCUGAAGGAUACGUGGUGCGUAUUGUUGCCCUGCCAGGAGAACGCCGCAAGACUAGGAGUGAAUCGCGGUUACAAUUUGGUACUUAAAUACUCAG